UCAUGCUGCUGCCAGGUCCAGAGUGUGUCAUGGGGUGCUGUAUGGCCUCCCAUUGCUGCUGCCAGGCCCGUAAUCUGCCAUGGGCCCCCGUACCGACUCCUCAUGCUGCUGCCAGGCCCGUAAUCUGUCAUGGGCCCCUGUACCGCCUCCUCAUGCUGCUUCCAGGUCCAGAGUGUGUCAUGGGUCCCUGUACGGCCUCCCAUUGCUGCUGUCUCCAUCGCCACACUCUGCCAUGUGCCACUUUCAGGUCUCCUCACACUGCUGGUGGGUUCCAUUUUGUCAUAGGGUGCUGGCAGAUUACGGGCCUCCCAUUGCUGCUG